AUGAUUGCAUCUACGGUGAAGCCACUGUUCGUAUUAGUAUUAACUUUCUCGCUUCUCCUCGUCGUCAUUCUUCUAUCUCCGUCGCCGCCACGUUUCCUGCAGAUUCCGGUGCCUUCAGGCUCAUCAGUGGGUUCUGAGAUAUGGAGUGUGAAGAGGAUAAUUGAAUGGAGGCCAUGCAAAUGGUGGUUACAAGGACAUCUCACUCCUCUCCCAGCUAAAACCAAUGGAUACAUCCGUGUUGAUUGCUAUGGAGGCCUUAAUCAGAUGAGACGUGAUUUGUGUGAUGGUGUUGGGAUUGCUCGUUUGUUGAAUGCUACACUUGUUCUGCCAAAGUUUGAGGUAGCUGCUUAUUGGAACGAGUCAAGUGGAUUUGCAGAUGUGUUUGAUGUAGACUACUUUAUUCAAAAGAUGAGUGGUUUCAUCGAAGUCGUUAAAGAACUGCCACUAGAUCUUGCAUCAAAAGAACCAUUCAAAGUAGACUGUAGCAAAAGGAAAGGUCAAUUUGAUUACAUCGAAAGUGUUCUUCCAUCAUUGUUGGAACAUCAUUACAUUUCUUUCACACCUGCAAUGAGCCAACGCAGGGACAGGUAUCCUCAGUUUGCAAGAGCCACUCUGUGUCAAGCCUGUUAUUCAGCUUUACGUCUCACUAGUUCCUUGGAGAAGAAGGCCAUCGAGCUUUUAGAAGCCAUUCCCAAACCCUUCUUGUCGCUUCACCUCAGAUUUGAGCCGGACAUGGUAGCAUACAGCCAAUGUGAAUAUCCAAACCUCUCUCCUUCAUCUAUCGCCGCCGUUGAAGCUGCUCGUGUUGAUAGGAAGCCAUGGACUGGAGAGCUAGCUCAGACUUGGAGAAAGCGAGGCAAAUGCCCUCUGACUCCUAAUGAAACAGUUUUGAUGCUUCAGUCACUUAACAUUCCAACAAGCACAAACAUUUACUUAGCAGCUGGUGACGGUCUAAUGGAGAUGGAAGGAUUCACAUCCGUUUAUACAAACGUCUUCACAAAGUCUGCUCUACUUAACCAAGAGGAUUUCACAAGAAUGCAUGGAAACACAAAAGCUGCUUUGGAUUAUCAUGUCUCCAUCAACAGUGACGCCUAUGUGGCUACCUACUUUGGGAACAUGGAUAAGAUCGUUGCAGCGAUGCGAACAUAUAAACAGAUGCAUAAUACUCUGUUCCUGAGCAGAAAAGCAUUUGCAGAACUCACUUCUCAGGGGCUUGAAGGGGAAGAGUUGAAGAAAGCUCUUUGGGAAGUUCAUAAAAAAGAUUUUGCUAUUGGGAGAGGCUUUGCUUUGCCUGACUGCUUCUGUGAAUUUGAGCUGUAA